GUUAGACUCAUGUGAAAGGCACGUGAGGAAAGACAAAGAAAUAGAAAAAGGAAGUUGUUAGUUUUUUCCUUUUCUCUUUCUAAUAAGUUUUCAAGAAAUAUGUUAAGUACCCAUCUAUAUAUAAUGUAGCCCUUAGGGCAAAGAUAUUAUCCGAUCACUAAACAACUUUUUGUGUUUACGACUUCUUAGACUUCCUGAAUUUGGAUAAGAAUGGAGUUGUUGUCGUCGAUCAACGGGAAGAGGAAGAGGAUGACAACGACUACAACAACGCCGGCGGCGAAGAAGAAGAAGAAGCCAACGACGACCCCGAUCCCAACACUUGCCGAUGAUCAUUUGAUAUUGAACAUCAUCGCGCGAGUCUCGAGAUUAUACUACCCGAGUCUCUCACUCGUCUGCAAGAAUUUUCGAUCUCUGCUGAAUUCACCGGAGCUUUACAAGACCCGGUCACGCUUAGGCCGCACCGAGAGUUGUCCCUAUGUGUGCUUCCGGGCGCAUACUGGUUUUACUUGGUUCACCCUCUGCCGUAAACCUGAUCAAACUCUAACCAAUCAGAAGAGUAAGAGUGGUUAUGCUUUGGUUAAAGUCCCAAUCCCACAUUCUCCUGAUGCCUUCUUUUCGAACCUCGUGGCGGUUGGUUCUGAUAUCUAUAUCAUUGGCGUAUCCGAGUCCAAGUUCAAAGCCUCUUCCUCUACGGUCAGUGUUCUGGAUUGCACGACUCACACUUGGCGGGAGGCUCCACGUGAUGGCUGGGAGUAAGGUGUUUGCUUACAAUGCCAAGGAAGGUAAAUGGGACCUCGUUAGACCAGGGAUGAGUACUUGUGUGUCUUCAGAUUCUCACUGUGAGAUUGGUAAUGUUUUGUACUGUGCUUGUAAAAACGGAGUGUUCAGAUGGUUUGACACUCAGGUCGGAAUAUGGAGAGAAUUGAAGGGUUUGGUAGGACUACCCAAGUUCCCUCCUAAUGCUCGUGUUAUAUUGGGUGAUUAUGAUGGAAAGAUUGCGGCUUUUUGGCCUGAGAUUUCUUCUGAUGGUUUCCCACAUAAGUUUAUGAUAUGGUGUGCCGAGAUUGCACUUUAAAGGCCCAAUAGUUGUGAAAUUUGGGGGAAAGUUGAGUGGUUUGAUCACGUGCUUUCAGUGC